AUGGCCAAGCAUCAUCCUGAUUUGAUUAUGUGCAGGAAGCAGCCAGGAAUUGCUAUUGGACGCCUUUGUGAGAAGUGUGAUGGAAAAUGUGUAAUCUGCGACUCCUAUGUGCGUCCUUGCACACUUGUGCGAGUUUGUGAUGAGUGCAACUACGGAUCCUUCCAAGGUCGAUGUGUUAUUUGCGGAGGAGUGGGAAUCUCUGAUGCCUACUACUGCAAAGAGUGCACUCAGCAGGAGAAGGAUAGGGAUGGGUGUCCAAAAAUUGUUAAUUUAGGGAGUGCCAAAACAGAUCUGUUCUAUGAACGUAAGAAAUAUGGUUUUAAGAAAAGAUGAUGAGCAGUGGAUGACAUCUGUAGUGCCUUUUUUCCUAUCUGGUGCCCGCAAUCUAAAAUGUUGAAACAGUUUUUUAGGUCUUGAGAUUGUAUCUGCUGAUAUUACCUCUAGUUGUGUUGAAAACAAUAUUGAUUACUGAAGUGAAGUUGUUUCUUAAUGCAAUGGACUUGGAUUGUAUUGGAGCAA